GUUGAAGGGUCAUUUUUCAUUUCCCUUCUGAUACACGGAGCCCUCUCAUAAGGGGAAGAAUAGCUGCGUACUAUUUGCCCGAAUAUUCCUGAUCCACCCUACGGCUGGCUAGAUUGACUGAAGAAAAGCACGACCAUUGACAAUCCUGGAGCCAAAGUACAUAGAAGUGAUCUGAAAUGAAGCAGUGUGGUGCAAGAUGACAUUGGGCCCUCUGGAUUUCAUCAACACCAGAUCCCAGUGGAAUGGUCUCCUCAGACCCCCGACCUCCUCGCCUGAGAUUUGAGGGGGAACAGGCAGCAGAGAUCCAGUAAGUUUCAGGGUGUCUGGACAUCUAGGAGGACGUAUUAUACAUUCUUGUGAUCUUACUUGACCAAUCCUCAGAAAUGAUAAAGAAGGACGUGGGUAAAGGCUGUCUCUGGACCCCCCUGAGGAUUUUUGGAGUGACUAUAUUUAUUUUCAUCUCCCUGGCUGGAAUCGGGGUCACCAUUUGGGCCGUAGUGACGUAUGUACUGAAGAACGAGAACUCUAAUCUGUAUGCAGUCCAGGUGAACCCUCCAGAUCACCGGCUCACCGUAUACGAUGAACAAGAAAAAACAUGGCGGCUGGUUUGCUCUUCUUUAGCCAACGCAGAAGUGGGGAUGCUAAGCUGUGAAGAGAUGGGCUUUAUCAGGUCCAUGAGCCACCAGGUGCUUUCAGUGGAGAUCGCAGGAGCGAACGGCACAUCAGGGUAUUAUUGCAUUCAGAAAUCUCUGUUAGGCAGCGCCAAAAGACUUCAUGAUGUGCUGACCGUCUGCGAGUGUCCGAGUGGUCAUUUUCUCUCCGUUCAGUGUCAAGAUUGCGGACGGAGGAAGAUGGCCGUGGACAGGAUUGUGGGGGGGCAAGAUGCCGCACUUGGUCAGUGGCCAUGGCAGGUCAGCUUACGGUACGACGGGACCCAUCUCUGUGGUGGCUCCUUGAUAUCCAGUGAGUGGGUCCUCACCUCGGCCCACUGUUUUCCAGAGAGGAACCGCGUGGUGAGUCUUUGGAGCGCGUUUGCUGGGGGCGUAUCGCAUGUCUCCUCCCGCGGAUACGUGCAUAGUGUGAAGAGUGUUAUAUACCACGCCGGAUACUUACCCUUUAUAUACACAGACAGUGAAGAAAACAGCAACGACAUAGCCCUGGUGCAUCUGCUCACCCCGCUCACACUCACAGAGUACGUUCAGCCGGUUUGCCUUCCUGCGCUGGGUCAGCAGAUGGUGGAUGGAAAGGUGUGCACAGUUACCGGGUGGGGUAACACUCAGUAUUAUGGUCAACAGUCGGACAUCCUGCAGGAAGCAUCGGUGCCUAUAAUAAGCAGUGCUGUCUGUAAUCAACCAGAUUAUUAUAACAAUCAGAUCACUGGGAAGAUGUUCUGCGCUGGAUAUCCCGAGGGUGGGACUGACGCUUGUCAGGGAGACAGUGGAGGCCCUUUCGUUUGUGAAGAUACCAUCUCCCGCACUUCAAGAUGGCGCCUGUGUGGAAUUGUCAGCUGGGGGAUAGGCUGCGCUAUGCCAAACAAACCUGGGGUAUAUGCCAAGGUGGAUCAAUACCAACACUGGAUUUACAGAGCCAUGAAGACCAAAUCUGAAGAGACUGGAAUUCUUGAGAUGCAGUGAAGAAAGAUCAAGCUCUACAGUCUGUCGAGACAAGACAAUUCUGGACUCACGUCUGAUACAAGACGACCAUUUUUUGUUGUUUUUGUUUUUGUUUUGCAGCAUCUGAAGAACUUUUAGUAAGCGCUAUGAGAGACUAAACCCUAGCCCUUGAUGUCUGUUCUCUUUCUUAUGCCAUGAUAAGAUGUCACUUCAUAAGCUGCUACAAUGUUACAACAUUAGUUACAAAGAACUCAGGUGUAUGAUUAAAUGUCCAUCCGCAGCCAUCGUCAAAUUGAGUAUCAGCUUGCGGUAAAAGCACGCAUACACUUUACCUAUAGUGAUAAAAAUACUUUGGUACUAUUAUAGUGUUACUUUCAAUAAGGUUUGAUACUUUAUACAAAUUUAGUCAUCCUUAUUGGACUUUCUUCAAGGACUUUGUGUUUUAUAGGAGAACUUUGUCCUUUGUGUAGAGGAGGGGAACUACAGAAAUGAAAAUAAUUGCAUCAAGUCAAGACAAGUCUUGAUGAAAGCUUGUCUCCUCUUGACUUGGUUGAGUGAGCUUAGUGGUUGGAUCUCAAAAAACCCUGAACUAGAAAAUACCAUGGACUGAUGGGUGGUCUUUUAAUUUGUUUUGGUUAAGUGAACUGAUUGGUUGGACCACUUGAGAGAGAAAAUAAAGUAGGGUGAUUUAGCAUGGUCCAAGAGACCAACCCUUUGAGAAGACUGCUCCCGGCCUUUUUCUAUGAGAGGAUUGUCUUCCACUUUUGGAGGGUGGUUUCAAUGGUAAAUGGCUGAAUGAGCUGAUUAGUUGGCUCAAAUGAAAGAGACUUGUUUGUGUCACAGUUGACUAGGGCUAUCCAAAGUCAGAAACUGACUAGUUGACCUGAAAUUCCUUCUAGCUUGUUUAGAGGUGUGCAGUUGACCAAAAUCUCUCCAAAAGAUCACAUCAUGAGAAGACCACCUAUGGCCUUCUCCUUUGGAUGUCCCUUCCAAUUGAUCCUUUCUUGAAAAAAAAACUGUGGUUGACGAUGAACAUUUUUAGCAAGACUAAUAUUUUAAGCUUUUGGUGCUCUUGAAUGUAUCUGAUAUGACCGUAAAUGCAUAAAAUGGUCAACGGUAAUUUUUCUAGGUGUUUGCUCGGCACCAAUGAAAAUAUUAGGUCCACUGGUUAUUGUCUAUUGGGAACAUCAUGGAAAUGGCUGGUUUAUCAUAGGAAACUUCAAACAUGGAGACAUAGAUAUGGAAUGACUAUUUUCUAAUAGGUGGUCUUGACAUCGGUUGGCCAUGGGUAGUCCUGCUUAUGGUUGGACAUAAUUGUGUAGGAGUAAAGCUCUGAUUAGAUGAGAGGGUCACCAGCUUUUUUUUGUCUUGAUAUGGUCUUCUGGUCAAUGAUAUGUUAGAGACGGAAAUGGCUCUUUCUAUGUAGCCCUCCGUUGUCUCCUGCUCGAACACCAUUAGGGUCCUCUAUGGCUCGAAACUAUUAAAGGGACCUCCAGUGCAUUAUAGAAUUCCCAGGUAACAGCUAUUAGAUCAGCGUUGCAAGAAUGGACUUCAAGCACUUUAUGGAAAAGAAAGAAUAUCUUCUUCUAAUCAAGGCAUUGUGGAAUACCAGUAACAUACACGAAUACCAAAGAUAGUUGUUUGUAUUGCUACGUUUGGACAAAAGAGGCCUGAAGAUUGUGGAGCCUCAUUAUUUUACCAAAGAUUUGUACAGAAGAAGUUAUAGGGGAUCGCCAGGACUACAAAAUUGCUGGGCUGUCCUUAAGAGAGGCCAUCAGUAUUACAUUGAGGGGGUCUCGAUCAGCUGAUUGAAGGGGUCAUGUCGUACAUUUGUCUGUUCCUGGUAUUAUAGCUCAGUGCCAUUCCCUGAAAUAGAAUUGAGCUGCUCUGAGGCUCAGCUGAUCAGAGGAAGUGCCGAGAGUCAGACCCCCCCUCACUGAUCUGAUGGUCAGGCCAGGUCAUCAGUUUGUAGUUCUGGAGAGCCCCUUUAAACUUUUGACAUUCAAUGUGUUGCCUGCACCAGAUCUACAUAAGUCACAAGUUUUAUGCUCUCCACACUGUAUAGUGAUUUUUCCAUGUACUCUUAUUAUAGUGUCAUUUCAUCUCUAAAUGCAGUUUUACAGUUUGCGAUCUACAUGUAACAUCAGAUUGUUUUACUUCAUACUCCAGCCACAUCCAGAGCUGCAUUCAAAAUUGUCCUACAUCUCUCUGCUGCCACCUUCUGGUUUAACAGCUGCACUGACUUUUCUCCUCUGUGGUUAUAAAACAUCCGGUGUCGGGGCGAGGACGAGCCUCCCCAGCAUCGCGGGUGACGCUAGAGAGUCUCGUUCCCGUCAUCGCCUGCCGUUGGCUGCUUCCCCCGCGCACAGGGAGAAGCAGCUGCGGCGUUGAGGGGACCAGGAGCAGCGCAGGUAACGGGGAGCCAGGUAAGUAGAUUCAGCGUGAGGGGCCCGGGCAUAUGGGGGACAUUUGAUAGUCUCGGAUAACUCCUUUGCUCAUAGUAGGUGUGGAUUUCAUGUUCUGCCUUUAGGACAGCCCAAAGUUAUUAAGGGCGGGUUCACAUCAGCGUUAUGAAUUCCGUUAUAACGGAAAAUAAUGGUAUUCGUAAGACGGAAUCCAAAGCGCAAACCCUUAGAGGCAUUCCGUUUUGAUCCGUCAUAAGACAGGUCUAGGGGCAGCACAACGGAUCCGUCCGGUUCCCGUAGCGUCCGGCAGUAGGCGUAGAAGAUGCAGCGUGUCCCAGAAUGGCGUGAGGCAGAGAGCAGAGCAUCACUGGAGCUCAUGUAAGCUGAUAGGGAUACGUCUGUGGAUGUAAUGUAACCUGCAACUGUGAGUGCAGCUUUGGAUGUGACUAGAGUAUAAGACAUAAUAUAACUCAUGUUAAUGCAGUAGAAAGUUACUCAAUGUUCUGUGUCGGUAUACACUGAAAAAUGAUUUUCCUAAGUGACCCAGACAGCAAUAAUGUCUCCUAAUGUACAUGUAAUUCCAACUGUCAAUACUUGUGAGCGAUGUAUGUCCCGAGCCUCGAAUAAAUGUACAGUUUAAAAUAAUACAGAAUAUCAUAUCAGA